AUGAAAAUGUCUGUUUGUGUCCACGAGAACCGCAAGUCACGGGCCAGUACUGGCUCCAUGAACAUCUACCUGUUUCACAAGUCCUCGUAUGCAGACAGCGUCCUGAUGCACCUGAAUGCUCUGCGGCAGCAGAGGCUCUUUACUGACGUGUUGCUCCAUGCCGGCAGCCGCUCGUUUCCUUGCCACCGGGCAGUGCUCGCCGCCUGCAGCCGAUACUUUGAGGCAAUGUUCAGUGGUGGGCUAAGAGAGAGCCAAGCCAAAGAAGUGGAUUUUAGAGACUCCAUUCAUCCAGAGGUACUCGAACUUCUACUGGAUUACGCUUACUCAUCCCGAGUAGUCAUCAAUGAAGAGAAUGCUGAGUCUCUGCUCGAGGCGGGUGACAUGUUGGAGUUCCAGGACAUCCGUGAUGCCUGUGCAGAGUUCCUGGAGAAGAACCUUCACCCAUCCAACUGCCUGGGAAUGCUGCUUCUGUCCGAUGCACACCACUGCACCCAGCUGUCCCAGCUCUCCUGGAGCAUGUGCCUCAGUAACUUUCCAGCUAUCUGCAAAACAGAAGAGUUUCUUCAGCUACCCAAGGAUAUGCUAGUCCAGUUGCUGUCACACGAGGAGCUGGAGACUGAAGAUGAACGUCUGGUCUAUGAGUCGGCACUUAACUGGGUAAAUUAUGACCUGGAACGGAGGCAUUGCCACUUGCCUGAGCUACUGCGCACCGUACGGCUUGCCCUUCUGCCAGCCAUAUUUCUCAUGGAGAACGUCUCCACCGAGGAACUCAUUAACUCUCAGGCCAAAAGCAAGGAGCUUAUUGAUGAAGCUAUUCGUUGCAAGCUCAGAAUACUGCAGAACGAUGGUGUGGUCAACAGUCCUUGCGCCAAGCCACGCAAGACCAGCCAUGCCCUUUUUCUGCUAGGUGGUCCUACCUUUAUGUGUGACAAGCUGUACCUGGUGGACCAUAAGGCCAAGGAAAUCAUUCCAAAGGCAGAUAUUCCAAGCCCACGCAAGGAGUUCAGCGCCUGCGCUAUCGGCUGCAAGGUCUACGUGACAGGCGGACGAGGCUCGGAAAAUGGUGUGUCCAAGGACGUAUGGGUGUACGAUACCUUGCAUGAAGAGUGGUCCAAAGCAGCGCCAAUGCUGAUAGCUCGAUUUGGGCAUGGUUCUGCAGAGUUGCGUCAAUGCCUGUAUGUGGUUGGAGGUCACACAGCUGCAACUGGUAGCCUUCCAGCGUCACCCUCUGUCUCCUUAAAGCAGGUGGAGCAGUUUGACCCAGCUGCUAACAAGUGGAGCAUGGUUGCACCUCUACGUGAGGGCGUCAGCAACGCCGCUGUAGUCAGCGUAAAGCUCAAGCUGUUCGCCUUUGGAGGAACAAGUGUGGCUCAUGACAAGUUGCCCAAGGUUCAAUGCUAUGACCCAGUGCAAAACCACUGGACUGUCCCGGCGUCCUGCCCACAGCCAUGGCGCUACACUGCGGCUGCUGUUCUGGGGAAUCAGAUCUUCGUUAUGGGCGGUGACACCGAGUUCUCAGCUUGCUCGGCCUACAAAUUUAGCAGUGAGACCUACCAGUGGACUAAAGUAGGUGACGUUACAGCAAAGCGAAUGAGCUGCCAGGCGGUCGCAUCGGGGAACAAACUGUAUGUUGUUGGUGGCUAUUUUGGAACUCAGCGCUGCAAAACUCUAGACUGCUACGAUCCCACAAUGGAUGCCUGGAACAGCAUAACCACUGUACCCUAUUCCCUAAUCCCUACUGCCUUCGUCAGCACCUGGAAACACCUCCCAGCCUAA